UCUAUUAUUUCCUGCUCUCUCUCUCUCUCUCUCUCUCUCUCUAAGAUUGUAUUCUCAAGUUUGUGAAAGUGAGAAUGGCAAGAAAGUGCUCGCAAUGUGGGAAAAUAGGGCAUAAUUCUAGGACUUGCACAUCUUUCAGAGGGAUUAGUUCUACUUCUGUAGGAAUUCGUCUCUUUGGUGUUCAUCUUGAAAUUUCUUCUUCUUCUUCUUCCUCUUCUUCUUCUUCAUCUUCUUCAUCAUCAACACCAUCUUCUUCUCCUUCUUCUUGUGUUGUUCCCAUGUCGACGAAAAGCUUGAGCAUGGAUUCUCUGCCUUCAUCUUCAUCCUCAUCAUCGUUCUCCAAUAAUUCAUCAAGAAUCACCAUUGAUGAAAACUCCAAGAGAUCCUCUGUUGACUAUCUAUCAGAUGGUCUGAUGCAUGUCGCAGCACAAGACAGAAGAAAAGGAGUGGCUUGGAGUGAAGAUGAACACAGAAAAUUUCUGGUAGGGCUUGAGAAGCUAGGAAAAGGAGAUUGGAGGGGAAUCUCCAGAAAUUAUGUGAAAACAAGAACACCAACUCAAGUAGCUAGUCAUGCUCAGAAAUAUUUUCUUCGUCUCACUGCUAUCAAUAAGAAGAGACGAUCAAGCCUCUUUGACAUGAUGGGCAGCAGCAAUAGCAGCAGAGGCAACAUGGGAGGUCAAUUAUUGUAUAGCAGCUCAGUGGGAAAACAGGAGGAGGAUAUUAAAUCUGGAAUCGCCAAGUGCAGUGAAAAAGAUGAUGAUGGGGAGACUGAGACUAGCCUGACAUUGAUGGGCCUAAGCUUGCUUGAAAAGGGAAUCAAAUCUGAAACAAUAGUGCCCACGUGGCAGCAUAAUUCCCAGAUGAUGAAUUCUUCUUCUUCACCAACAUUAUCACCUCAUGAUGAUCUGGAUCUCACACUUGCAGGACCAAGGGCAUUGAAACAUAAUGAACCAUCAUCAUCUUCUUUCCUUCUAAGCUCUAUUUGUGUCACUUGAACUAUAUAAAUAUGUAGGCAUCCAGUACUCUCUACUCUUUCAUUUGUUGCAGAUAUAUCAGAUCCAAAAGCAAUGCUUUUCCUUGUAUUUAUGGUAGUGAUAUAGAAUCUAAUUAAUCUACAUGCAGCAAUUAAAUACUAA